UCCUCACUGCAGUUGACUAUACAGUAGUCGUUCAGCAAAUGUCAGUGUUUUUUGUUUACAGUAGAUUACAAUGCAACUGCCAAUAUGUACCGCAAUUGCAGCUCUGUUAAUUUCAUUUAUAGGCAUUCUUUUGCUCGUCAUCAAUACUGAAGAGAUCAAAGGACAAGCACAGCUCAUGUAUGGAAUCAUCCUGGAUGCUGGAUCCUCUCAUACUUCUAUGUUUAUCUACAAAUGGCCUGCAGACAAGGAGAACGGUACUGGUAUAGUCAGUCAACACAGCGAGUGUCAUGUGAAAGGAGGUGGGAUCUCCAGUUAUGCAGGUAACAAAGGAGGAGCAGCCAAUAGUCUUGAGGAAUGCAUGGAAAAAGCCAUGCAGGAGAUCCCAAAGUCAAGACACAAACUCACCCCUGUGUAUCUCGGAGCCACAGCGGGCAUGAGACUACUGAAUAUUUCUAAACCUAAAGAGUCAGAUGAGAUUUUGAAGGAAGUGGCAGACAAACUGAAGACCUACCCAUUCAGCUUCAAAGGGGCCACCAUCUUAAGUGGACAAGAGGAGGGAGCUUAUGGAUGGGUCACAGUCAACUACCUGCUUGAGAAAUUUAUUACGUAUGGUUUUGUGGGUCAUUGGCUGUCUCCAGGCAGAGACACAGCUGGUGCGCUAGACUUGGGUGGAGCUUCCACUCAGAUCACCUUUGAAACUAAACAGACGGUGGAGAACAAGGACAAUCUGAUGAAACUGCGGCUGUACGGACGAGACUAUCAGAUUUACACUCAGAGCUUUCUGUGUUAUGGGAGAAAUCAGGUGUUAUUCAGACUGCUGGCACUUCUGAUGAAGACUCAGGGUUCAGACCGCUCCAUAGUUCACCCCUGCUAUCCUGCAGGUUACAGUGACUCCGUAAAGCUGAGCAGUGUGUUUGAUACUCCAUGCAAUGAAAGACAAUCUCAUUAUAAACCUGAAGAUGUCCUGCAAAUCAAAGGCACAGGGAACUACGAUCAAUGCCUGGGAAACGUUUCUCGUCUCUUUUCAUUUAACAACUGUUCUUAUUCCAGAUGCUCUUUUGAUGGAGUCUUCCAGCCCAACAUUACAGGAAACUUUAUGGCGUUUUCGGCUUUUUUCUACACUCAUUCGUUCCUCCAGAAAGCUGCAGGCAUCACCAUCACGUCUCCAGCUGAUUUAAAGGAUGCCAUCCGUGUUGUCUGCAACAUGAGCUUUCAGGAGAUGCAGAAUACGUUUCCUGAUGAGGGGAACCAUUUGGGGGAUUACUGUGCAGAUUCCAUCCUUCUGCAGGUGCUCCUGAUCAAUAGAUAUGGUUUCAAUGAUCUCUCCUUCCCUCGCAUCUCCUUUCGGGAGAAGGCUGAAGACACUUCUGUUGGCUGGUCCCUUGGCUACAUGCUAAGUUUAAGCAACUUGCUGCCAGCUGAAAAUGUGCUUGUGAGAAAAACACUGCUCCCAGAUGCCUGGCGUGCUGCUGUAUUCCUCUUCUCACUCUUUCUUAUCGCGUCUAUAAUUUUUCUGCUGCGAACCUACCAGAAGAAUGCCACUAAAUUAUGUUGUUGAUCUUUAUGCACUAAAGAGUUUUUCUGUCCUUACGGGAAAAUCUGUAAGUAUUUGCAGCAUAUGAAAAAGUAUAAACUUUUGUAUUGACCCUUUUUUAUUUUUUUUCUUACAUCAGAUUAUGUUAGUGUAAUUUGCAGUAAAAUUGAUGUGGAAAUAAUAAAGACGCAUAUUAAGUUGACAUCAAUUCAUAUGUAAAGACCUCUUCAGAAAAACAGAACCAGCACACUAAAAUUUCAGAAAUCCUAUCUGGUCUUUAAAAGACCUUGCUUCCACUUCGUAAGGACUUUGGUGAAUGUGGAAAUGUAAAAAAAAAAGGAAAUAUUUCUAUUUUAGCCACACACUGUUGCAUAAAGCUCUUAGUUUCUGAUCCUCAAUCGCCUAAACAGAAG